AUGGCUGCAGAUCCUUUUGACUCGGCGCUCGACCUCCUCCGCCGCCUGAACCCCAAACACACCAGCGAGCACCUCAACGCAAUCAUCUCCCUCGCCCCUGACCUGACCGAAGACCUCCUCUCGUCCGUCGACCAGCCCCUCACCGUCAAGCGGUGUAGGCAGACCGGCCGCGACUAUCUGCUCUGCGACUACAACCGCGACGGCGACAGCUACCGCUCGCCAUGGAGCAACCAGUUUGACCCGCCGCUGGACGAGGGCGGCGUUGGCGGCGUCGGCCCCGGCAGCAACGACGGUGCCGGCGAGGGCGCCAUUCCGAACGAGAGGGUGCGCAAGAUGGAAAUCAAGGCCAACGAGGCGUUUGACGUUUACCGAGAGCUGUACUACGAGGGAGGUGUGAGCAGUGUUUAUCUGUGGAACUUGGAUGACGGCUUUGCUGGCGUGGUUUUGGUGAAGAAAUCUGCCACGCCAGGCUCCAACACCGAAGGCGUCUGGGACUCCAUCCACGUCUUCGAGGCCAUCGAGCGCGGCCGCACCACGCACUACAAGCUCACCUCGACCGUCAUCCUCUCGCUCUCUACAAAUGUCGAGAGCACCGUCGGCGACAUGGACCUCAGCGGCAACAUGACCCGCCAGGUCGAGCAGGACCUGCCCGUCGAGAACGACGACAGCCACAUUGCAAACGUCGGCCGCCUCGUCGAGGACAUGGAGCUCAAGAUGCGCAACCUGCUGCAGGACGUGUAUUUCGGAAAGGCAAAGGACGUGGUGGGCGAUUUGCGGAGCGUGGGCAGCUUGAGCGAUGGGGCUAAGGAGCGGGAGACGCAGCGGGAGCUUAUUGGCAGCAUGAAGCGAUGA